GGCGGCGGUGGCGGUGGUGGAUGGUGGCGAGCUUCACGGCGUGAAAGUCGGACGCAGUCGCACAGUUCGCUAAUGGAGUCGCGAGUGUCUAUCUGAUCGCGUUCGUACGGCGAACGAAGGGAAAGAACGGUGAGAAAUCGCGCUCGCGGAGGCCGCCCCCUCAUUCCACCUUCGUCGCUCGACCCGAUUCGUCCUGCUGGCUGUCGCACGCCGUGACAUAACCUUCGCAAGAGCCAAUAUCCCCUCGCCCGAGAGAAUCCUACAUUAUCUGACGAUAGCGGCACGGCGAGAGGCACAGCGAGAGGAUCGAGUUCGCACGAACGUUUUGCUACUUAAUUUCACUUGGACGACACGCGACGCCGGAUGAGGCCCAGAGAUUCGUUCUCCGAGAUUCCGGCUCCAGACUUUUAAUUGGAGAUCUCAGCCAGGGCUCGAAGGUUGAAGCUGAUGUCUCACGAUCACCAUACAAUCGCGAACAGUACGGAAAAUGCGUCCCACGGCUUGCACAUGGCUCAUCACGGUGUUGUGAACCACGGCAGCAUGGACCACGGUAGCAUGGACCACGGUAGCAUGGACCACAGCAGUAUGCAUCAUAAUCUCGAGGCCUCGAUGGACAGCGCGUGCAACGGGAUGCACAGCAUGCACAGUAUGUCGAUGACAUUCCACACCGGCUACUGUGAAGUAGUACUAUUCGAGAACUGGAAUAUCGCGUCAAUAGGCGGUCUCAUCGGCUCGAUGAUCGGUAUCGCUAUCAUGGCUGCGCUCUACGAGGGCCUGAAAUAUUACCGGGAGUAUCUGUUUUGGAAGACGUACAAUGCCUUGCAAUACAGAAGCGUUACGGUGCCUAACGAGAAGAAUGUAGUCGCCGAGGAUAACCGGGUCGUUCAUAUGGUUGGCGAAGUAAUCCACAAACAACCGCCGACUAUGAUGUCCUGGAUGCAUUUGUUUCAAACGUUUCUACACAUCAUACAGAUGGUCCUGUCUUACUUUUUGAUGCUAAUCUUCAUGACUUACAAUGUCUGGCUGUGCUGCGCCGUAGUAGUGGGUGCCGCCGUCGGUUACUUCCUGUUUGGUUGGAAAAAAUCAGUGAUCGUAGACGUUACGGAACAUUGCCAUUAGCAUUUAGCCAAUUGCUCUAAUUUACUCUUCCAUACAUGCGUGAAAGUGUGCGCGCGACUGCAUUCAGAUAGAAAUCGGAAAAAUGAGAAGAGGGUGGAGAUUGAAAAUGCUACAUUGCCUUCUGCUUAGGUCCAAGAAAGGAUGUAAAGGACUAAUGUUCUCUAAAUUCAUGACACAUAUACAGAACGCGACAAAAGGAAGAAAACUAUUUAUUCUAGGUUCACAAUUUAGUUUUUAAUCGCUUACAUAUAAUUCCUGAUUUUCAUCUUAAAAAAAAAUAAGCCAAUUAUCCUUAAGUUACCUAUAAUCAAACAUUUUAAGUAAAUUUAUUACAGGAAUUCUAUAUAUAGAUAGAAGAAAUUGUGUUGAAAUGAUUAUAGUGCGAUUCGCUUCUGUGUCAUGAAAUAAUACAACUUCAUAAGGAACCACUGGGAGCUCGAAUCUUAGAUGUAUAUAAACAUGAUAAACUGUAAAUAUUAUUAAGGUAUUCGUAUAAGAAUAUACUGUGCGAUGCUCACACUUUUUCCCAUUUUUAUCAUCCGUUUCUAUUGUUAUUCUUUUAUAAACAUAUUCAUUAUAUUUCAGCAACAUAAUAUUUGGGAAAGAGUGUGCUACAUUGUUCUAAAUAAUUGUAAAAACAUACCAUUACAAUAUGUUAACGUAUUCUUUCACGUUAACGUGUAAUUACAUGUAAAGUAUCAUGAAAUAUAGCGUGAAAUGCGAAAAAAAA